UCGCCGCCUCCCGCCGGUACCGAGCGGUUCGCGGGUGUCGGCGCUGCCGCCGCCGCUGCUGCCGCCCCGGCUCCGCCUCCGCCUCCCGCGCCGGGACAUGGACUCUGACUCCUGCGCCUCCCCGUUCGUCCCGGAGGACUUCUCCCCCGCCUCCCGGCGACACCGCACCGUGGAAGACUUCAACAAGUUCUGCACCUUCGUCCUGGCCUACGCCGGCUACAUCCCCUACCCGCAAGAGGAAACGCCGCUGCGGAACAGCCCCAGCCCUCCCAACAGCACCGGCGGCACGAUCGACAGCGAUAGCUGGGACCCCCGCUUCAAUGACAUCCCCUCUUCCGUCUCCCUGCCCGCCAAGAGCAGAAAGAACUUCAGUCAGCUUAAGCGGGCGAAGCCGUACGGUUCCCUGUUCCAGCGGGCAAAGCCCGGCAACUUCCUGCCAGAGAGAAAGCAAAUCGAUAAGAUCAGGAAGAAGAAAAAGCUGAAGAGGAGGGAAACGGAGGCAUCUACAGAGGAGGACUACGAGGAGAAGCUGCUGGAGCUGGAGGCGGAGGACUCUUACGUAGAGACGCCAAUGAGCCCCUCGUCCGAGGGUGACCCCCAGUCUGCGACCGAGCACUGCUCGGCCUGGGACUCCGACACCCCCUCCAGCGUCUCGUACCCCGCCGUGGCAGCCGAGCAGGCGGUGGAGAUCCAGAGCGUGGGCAAGCGCACGGUCAUUCGGCAGGGCAAGCAGGUCGUCUUCCGUGAUGAGGAUGGCACGGGCGACGAUGAGGAUAUCAUGGUGGACUCGGAUGAUGACUCCUGGGACCUGGUCACUUGUUUCUGCAUGAAGCCUUUUGCCGGGCGGCCGAUGAUCGAGUGCAACGAGUGCCACACCUGGAUCCACCUCUCCUGCGCCAAAAUCCGCAAGUCCAACGUCCCAGAGGUCUACAUUUGCCAGAAGUGCCGGGACUCCAAGUUUGACAUUCGCCGCUCGAACCGCUCCCGGACGGGCUCACGCAGGCGCUUCCUGGACUAGAGGAGGGCGGCGUGUGCUGAGCCCGGCGCGGGCAGGAGCUGGCCGGGGCCGCGAGAGCCGCUCCUGGGGCUGCCCGGCCGGCCCCGGCCACAGGGACAAGGAAUCGCCCGGUCCCGGGCAGCCGGCGCUGGAAGAGGUGGCCGGUCAAAGCUGCUGCUCGACACCAAUCAGCCCGAGGGACAGAGCAAGCUCCCUGGGUUCAGUGUGGUUUUGUCCGGUUACAGCCAUGGACUGGGUGAUGCCUGGGGAAUGUACAGUACCUUUGCCAUUUAUGUUUUCUCAUCCCACUGGGAAACUGCAAACCUUCUCUGUGCUAGGAAACUCCUCCUCCUCCAAAGAGCAGGGAGGAGAAGGGAAUCUGUGUGAAGAGUCUGAAAAGUACAUGGCCCUGUGUUUUACUUUCAGUGUAAUAUUAUACCUGCCCAUUUGUCCCUAUAUAUCAAUCUCGGAUAUUCUAAGGCCCCAUAGGAGAGUCGUCGUGCACCGACCUGUGUCCUCUCCAGCGGGCCCAGGCAGGAGGGGACUUGUGUGAUUUGGCAUCGUUGGAGUGAAAAUGAGAUGUCCUCCUGUGCUGAGGGGCCGGUGCACAUGAGGAGAGAGCAGCCCUUUUCUGGACAGGCAGCACUGGGGACGAGUGACAUCGUAUUUCUGCUUAGAAGGUCUCUUACAGUGAUUUUUUUGUGACUGUGUUUUGCAUGAUCGGCUCAAAUGUGUGUGUGGGGGGGAUACCCCUUGCUCUGUUUCCUGGCCCUUCGUUAAACUCUUAAGGUGCUGUUGUAAGAAGACGAUGACUCCCCCUUUUCUCAGCCCAGAAUUCGAACGUGGACUGUCAAAGGGGCCACAUGAACAUAGAACCUGGCAGGUUUGGUUUGGGACUUGAUCACUUGCAGCUGAGUACUACAGCUAAGUUCACUUUUGUUUUUGCUGUUUGUUUUUUGAGACUGGAUUUGUAAUUGGAAUCUUUAACCUAAUGGUAGCAAAUUAUACAGAUAAAAGCAAAUGCAGGCUGUGCAGCUGGCAACAUGAGGUGUAACGGAGAUCCAUCUGCUGUGGGAGAGGACAGGAGAGUGCUGAGACCCCCACCAGCGCUGCAGUCCCUCGACAGGACUUCCUUGGCCUCAGCCCAACGGAAAUCUGUUCAGAAACGUGACAGGGAAUUGAGGCUUCUGUGCAAAGCCACUGAGACAGCAGCACUGUCCCUUGAUGCCCACAGCAAGCUGCGCAUGGUGCACAAAUCGGUUAAUGUUUCAAGGUGUUUUCCUGACACUGCCUGAGAAAUGCCAUGUGCUGUGUCCAGCCUGGCAGGGGAGUUCCUGCCUGAGAAAUGCCGUGUGCUGUGUCCAGCCUGGCAGGGGAGUUGCUGCCUGGUACUGUGGCCGAGGCAAGAUGAGCUGCAGAUGCACCGUGUCAGACCAGCGCCUUAUCCACACACUGGCUCAUCAGGAGAUGGUGUGUCCUGGUGAUGGCCAAAGGUCUUUCCAGUACAGAGUAGGGUACCGUCCUUCAGACAUCUGACAUGGGGCUGCCAAAGCUCUGUAGACAGUCCAGCACUGUAGUGCCCUGGGGCUGCGCUGCAGGGACGUGCAAGGUCUGCUGGCCCGGGGCCGGAUGGCAGAGCUGCACCAUCAAUGGUUCUUCUGUCCUGCUUUUUCAUGAAAAUCCAGUUCCACCAAGCUGCAACAACUGACUCUGGAUUCUGAAAACCAGCUCCAGCUUCUGUAAAACCUGAAGACCAUGACCAUGGUAUCUGCCUUCCAGAAGCUACGUGUAACCAUCGAGGAGUUUGCCAAAGACUCGCCCUUGCCGGCUGCCUGACUGUUCUUUGCAGCCAGAAAAAUAACCAAAGUUCUCAAAUGCUGCCAUUUCACUGCAAACAGGCUUUGGAAGAUCCCGGUCGCAAGCUGCACAAGGGUUGGACCUGCUUGGAGAACUGGCACCUCUGUGUUUGCAGCAUGUCUGAAGUUCAGCUGGACUCGGGGCAGGCAUUCCACAAGCUUUAUGGGAGAAAUGGCAAGCUGCCAAGCGAACUGGCUCUUUUUCACAGAGGUUGAUACUAAUCAAUGUGACUGACUCUUGUUCUGUUACCUUUUCAGAUCUAUCCCAAUAGAUGGUGUCUGACAAGUCCAGCACGUUACAAUAUCAGCAGAGAGAAAAACCGUAACAUCUCCGUUGGUUUAGUUCAUCACUUUCAGCCAUGUAUAAUUAUAGUUUAAUUCAGAACUUUAUUUUUUCAUUAAAACUGUUUUAAUGAACCACAGUUUUUUCUUAAAUGUGAAACGUGAACAAUGACUUUGUUUCAUUCCCAACUCAGGAGUCUGCGGUGGUGAUUUACUGGUGGGUAAAGCAGUUGUGCCAGGUGACAGGCAAGAUUUGAAGAGUUCUUCCCUGAACGAUGUACCAAGUCGGGUAGGGUAGGAAGUGCUGCAAACACACUGUUCAUCUUAUGACAGGUAUCCUCACCUCUCGUUGUAGCAGUUGCUCCUUGCUCAGCCUCUGCUGUAAGCUCAACUGCACAGGAACAAGCACGGCGCAGGACGGACUGGGGAGAGGCAGGUGGGACUGCUGGGCAGUGCUGACCCUGUGCCUGUCCCACUUGCCUGAGAGCCAGAGCAUUGCAGGACCAGGCACUGCAGCCUCAGAAACAGACCUCGGGCUGUGCUGGAUCUGCCUGGCCAGGCAAACCCAAACCAAAACCCCUUGAAAGAGGAAGCUGUGCUGAAGGAGAGCUUCUUCCUCCCACCCUGCCCCACUGCAGGGCGGCAUCAAGGACCCCAAACCACUCAAGGGGUGCUGUUGCCUUGGUGCCACCCCUUGGCCCCUGUAGAGGCCACAGUGCUGCCCUGCCAGCUGCCUUCAAAGCAGCAGCCUUAACACCUCAGCAACCUUAAAAGAUGUUUUGACCCUUUGGAAAUGGUGCUGGAUAACAUUAAGAGCUAAGCUCUGAUGGUUUUCAGCUUCUGCUUUAACUCUUUUUGCAACUUUGUAUUUUAUAACGUGAUAAACAGAAGUCCCAGGGGAGUUGUAGCUGUAACACCAGCAUCUCACAGAGCAGACACCGUGGUGUGGGAAGCAAGGAGCUCUCAAGGGGGGGCUGUUCUUACAGUCCUUUUAAAAUUGUGCGCUGACAGGAAAUAAAGAAGAGAGGAGGAGGUGGGGUGGAGAAAGUAUGGAGACCAACCCAAUACCUGGCUCCAGGGGAGGACAGGGACGGGACAGGCAGCAAGUCCACCGUAUCAAAGGCUUGACAAUUGCAAAUGCUGCAGGGAAGCACAAGGGAGCUCACUUUACCACUGCAGCAGCCUCAUGGAUGUGGAAAAGCACUCUCCUCUAGAAGGGGAAAAGUCAGAGUCUGAAUGCCUGGUGGGCAGCAAAAAAACAAGCUAUUUACUUUUAAUAAUGUUUAGCCAGGGAACAGAGCAAGGCGUGUGUCAUUAUUAAUUGUGAGGGAUUUUACUUUAAGGAGUUGUCAAUUCACACGUUCAAAGCACAAAGUUAAGGUUCCUCUGCCCCUUCCACAAAUGUAUUUGCAAGUAGACAGAAAGAUAAUUCUGAGGUGCUGGGAGAAGACAGGAGUGAUGAGAAGAGAGCUGGUAUUCAAAGGGAAGCACCUGCUUGAGCCCAAGCCCUGGCCUGGAGGUGUGGACACACAGGGCAAAGUGCAUGGGAAGAAGCAUAGAGGGGUUUUACAGCAGACCUGGUGCUUGGAGCCCUGGCUUCCUGUAGCCUUUCACUGUCUGAGCCACCGUGGGACAUGGCUGUCAAAGAUGAGAGCAGUAUGGGAAAGCUCUAAACAGUAAAUCCUCGACCUGUAUCUCCACCUCUAGAGUUUCUAGUUCAAGGGCUCUGCCUGAUGAGACCUGUGUGUUCCUGGAUCCUCACUGAGGUAUUUUAAGCAUUUGCUGUGUCAGAGAUGGAUGUGUUACCUCACAGCUUGAUGGUAUUUAAAGUUUGCAACCAAAGAUGUUACCUCGGAAGAGGUUUUAGCUGCUGGGGUAGGAACAACGUGCUCUGCCUCAGAAAUGCCAUGAUUCCAGUGCAGAAACACCACAGGACAUCCUGCAGCACCAGAGUGGUUUUCAGAGUCACUGUGCUAUUUCUCUACGUGUUAAAUGCAGACAAUAUGCAAGAAAACACUUUCAUGAUGGCAGAAACUGGAUCUCAGGACACUGUCAGAAACAAGCAUGGUUGUAACGUGCAAACCUUCUGCAUGAAAACACUCCUGAGCGUCGUUGCUGUGCUGGUUACGGGGCUACGCUGAGACUCUGCUUUUUAGCAGUAAAUGCUGUCACUAUUUUGCACUUGGUUAUGCAAAACUUAAUUCUCAGUACUCCUUUUUGCCACAUCCUAGUCCCUACAGAUUGGCUCUCGGGCUUGACCAUACACUUCAUGCAGUGACAAGAUGUGAAAAAGGAAUCUGUGGUGUGAGACUUCUGCCCAGCUCAGCUCCUCACAGGCACAAGCACUCAAUGGAGCUCAAUCAGCCAGAUAGGACAGAGGGUGCAGUUAUAUUUACAAAACUUGGCACCCUUGCUUUUCAGGAGUUUAUCUUCCAGAGUGUCCUACAGAUGCACACUUUUACAUUUAAUAUCAGAUCAACAGAACACUGGUCACAGCGAAGUAAAAGCCUGCACCAGGAGCUGCUCGCAGCUGAAGAGUUUUGUUUUCAAUAAAAGCAAG